AUGUCGAUCCCGCCUAUCGAUGGCUUCAUCAGUGUCGAGAACCAUGCAUCAACGUAUCAAGACGCAGGCAGUAGACGAUGUUGUAAUGCAGGAGCAUUGGUAGGGAGAGACGACCCAGUCGGGACCGUAAUGCGGAGUCAUUGUCAAUGUUUACACGUGUUUCUGCCUGUUUGGUGGGUAUAA